AUUGACAUUGACAGUCCUACCACUCCAAUCCUGCGACUGAACGCGGAACUGCGUCGCAUUCCCCGACCCAUACACAACCCCGAUCUCGUCCCCGCCCAGCCCCAAUUCCUUUCCGGCUUCUCUCGCGAUGAAUUUCUUGUUCGGUGCGGCUUUCCUUCUCGUCCUCGUCCGGGUCGACGCCGCCCGAGACUGGGAAGAGGACGGGCCUCUACAUGGAGCGGGAUGUUAUGGAGCCCUGGUGAAGCAUCGAAGCUCGGGGUCGCUCCGCACCGCGAUGAGGAUCUGCCGCCAGUCGGCGACCACGACCACGACCACGGGGAACCCGAACGGCGACUCGGUCCUGGACGGGGAACUGCAGCGGGAGAUCCUCAGUUUCUACCACAGGCUCAAUUAUGCCAACAACACGGCCGCAAAGAAUGUGGCCGGGUCCAUCGCUGGGAAUUUCGCUUACCUUCUUCAACAGGCGGCGGUCUUCUUCCCGUGCUGGGACGGGAAAGUCGCCGAAGUGUCCACCAGCGGCGACUGCGAACACGACGAACGCGGAUGGCGGGGAAGAGGCGGGUUCAGUCGCGGGUUCGCCUGAACGUCCGCGGACGCCGUCGGUGCCCAUCGAAUCGCUUCCGCCGGUCGGAAAUUGUACAUUAAUUAGCGUUGAGUAUAUGUGUGACCUUCUGCAGCUGAUUGUCGAUGACUCAUUCCAUCUAAGAGAACACAAAAUUAUUUAAAUUCCUUCGUGACCAUCCUUCGCGGUAGUAUAAUGAGCUUGAGCCGAUGAUUUGUCGUCGGCAAUGGCACAUAUAGAAAGUCUUGAAUGGUCCAAAGGACCAUCCAAAGGACCAAAGGACCAAAGGACCAAAGGACCAAAGGACCAUAUG